CUCAUAGUGAAUAGUGUUGGCAGCCGUGUGUAUUGGAUGUGUUGGUGUGUUAGUGCUUAAAAGCUCGGUGACAGAUGGCGAGUCCCUCUCCCCCGGGGCGAAGCCAGUCUCUGUGAAUGCGGCCGCAUGUCAAUCACCGGCUCUCAUGUGAUGGCUCUUGCCAAUGACGUGCCAGCCAUAUGGGCCUGGCAUCAGAGCUGGUAUGUAACCCACCCAGUCCUGCCUCUGAGGUGCCACAUGCACGGAUCCCCUCCGCGCGUUUAGGGGGCUCGGCGUAGCAGCAGAAGAAAAGGAAGAAGGAGAAGAAGAAAAGAGAGAGAGAGAGAGAGAGAGAGAGAGAGAGAGAGAGAGAGAGAGAGAGAGAGAGAGAGAGAGAGAGAGAGAGAGGUGCGAGAGCAGAAACAGAGAUAGUCUCCUCCUGCAAAAGCAUCCGCGCAUGCAGGGCGUGUGGAUGUGAUGCCCACCCGGGGAGAGAUGGUGUAAACAAACCCGCUUUGCCCCGUCACUGAGCUCCACCACGGAGUUUGUUUGCCACGAUGUUAAGCCGUCUGUUCAGCGAGGUGCUGCCGGACGUCCAAAGGCUCGCGGCCGACUGGGUGGACAAUGAGAGCGAGGACUGCAAAGACAAGGACGACGAGAACGAGCACCUUGACCUCGCGGAUGACGAUCUGGACGAGCCGCUGGAAGGCAGCAGCCGAGCCGAGUCUGAGAUGGCCGGCGACGACGAUGAUGAUGACGACGACGAGGGAGAGGAAGGGGAGUGCGAGGAUGAGAACGGCGGAGACAAGCCCAAGAAGCGCGGCCCAAAGAAGCGCAAGAUGACGCCGGCGCGCGCGGAGCGCUCCAAGGUGCGCAGGAUGAAGGCAAACGCGAGGGAGCGCACUCGCAUGCACGACUUGAAUUCAGCCCUUGACAACCUGCGCAAAGUUGUGCCAUGCUACUCCAAAACGCAAAAACUCUCCAAGAUAGAGACUCUGAGGCUGGCCAAGAAUUACAUCUUGGCGCUUGGGGAGAUUUUACGCAACGGGAAACGUCCAGAUGUGGUGGCCUACGUGCAGAUGUUGUGUAAAGGCCUGUCUCAGCCCACCACCAACCUGGUGGCAGGGUGUCUGCAACUCAAUACUAGGAACUUCCUGACUGAGCCGUGCUCCGAAGGAGCCCGCUUCCACAUGCCCAGCUCUCCUUUCUCCGUCCAUCCCUACUCAUACCGCUGCUCCCGCCUCUCAAGUCCACACUACCAACCCGGUUCCGGUGCGAUUAACCUGCGGAGCCAUUCCUAUGGACCUGGGUACGAUGGCGUGUACCCCACGGGUGGGACGUCUCCUGAUUAUAACAGCCCGGACUACGAGGGCCAGCACAGUCCUCCUGUCUGCCUGAACGGAGGACUGUCCGGGAGGCAGCAGGAGUCCUCUGACACGGACAGGAACUAUCAUUACUCUAUGCAUUACUCCGGACUGACGACGCCCCGGCCCGGCCACAGCAUCCCGUUUGGGCCCUCGGGCGCGCGCAGCGGUGCUGCGCACUCCGAAAACAUUCCACCUUUCCACGACGUGCACUUGCACCACGACAGGGCGCCUCCGUAUGAGGACCUUAAUGCUUUUUUCCACAACUGAGCCCUUACAAUCAGACCUGACAAAGACAAUCCUACAGUGUGUUAUAUUGUUUGGGAAACAUAAGAAGGACGAGGCCGGAAGAAUCCCCUGAUUACCUUCUGUAUUCUACUGAUGUCAUCCCUAUACUGUUGUACUUCUGUCAACGUGUGUCCAGUUAUCUCCUGUAUGCAGAAUGAGUGCUACUGACAUAAACCAUGUACAGGCUGAAACAUGAUAUGACACAAACAGCAGAAAUAAAAAGUGUUUUAUAAUUGUCUGA